CUACUUGUAAACCAGAACCACAAACAUAAAUACUAUCAAAGAAAAGACGCCCAUAACGUCAACACAGUCACCACGCCAUUGGCUGCCUUAGUAACGUAACUUUAUUCAAAGUUCAAACGUCUUUUUCUAUAAUAACUGCCGUCUUCAUAAUCGAGACAAUUCUUAAUUAAUCGUAAUAAUUGGUAAAUUACAAGGAUAACCGAUAAUUCCUGUAAUAAUAUGACCUGUUUUGUUAUGGAUGAUCUCUGAUAAUCUGCGAAGGAACGUGUUUUCUUUAGCAUCCAGCUAAUUUUCCUCAACAACAUACUCUAGAUUCUCCCUCAGAAGAACCUUCCUUCCUUCGACAGUUUUGAUUAGCAUCAGGAUUUUGGGAAUGCAUGUUCUUUAUUCGUACUACAUGGAACAUUACCAAUAGCAACACUUAAAGUGUAUGAGACAACAGUGAAUUAUUAUAUGCAUAUUUAACAGAUUUAAACAAGUAAAAUUUGUUUUGAAUUCAUACAUCAGCAGUGAAAUCAGGUUGUAGCCCUUCAAGAUAUUGUACUUCAUUUUUAACAGUAAUUAUUUGUAAACAAUUGGGCAUUAAGAGUUGUGAAUUGAACGCAUUGUCAUUACAGAACAGGACAGGACAUAAGGCUAAAAUGAAUACAGAACAUUCUUUAGAAUUUCCUUUGAAAAGUGAAACUAAAGGUGCAUUAUCGCUACCUUCCAUAAAUCAAGAAAACAUCAACAUGGCUGCCUUUAGUGGAACCAGUGAUGAAGACUUUUUGUCUCUGGAUCCAUUGAUGGACAUCAAAAUAGAACCAGAGGAAUUCUGUGAGUCUAAUGAAGAUGAUGAAUAUUCAUAUGAAAUGAAUUCAACAAUGAAUGAAAAACAUCCACAAACUUGCAAAAAGGAAGUAAAACAAGAAAGAACAAAUAGUCACAAUGGAGAGAAGCCUUUCAGAUCAACUGACUGUGAGAAAGCAUUUUACAAGCAAACAAAUCUUACAAGUGAUAUAACAAAUCCUACCAGAGAGAAAUUUAUAUGCAAUGACUGUGGGAAAGCAUUUCCCAGGAAAAAUAGUCUUACAAUUCAUAUGAGAAUCCAUAAUGGAGAGACUCCCUUCAUAUGCAACGAAUGUGGGAAACCAUUUUCUCAGAAAUCAAAUCUUACAGCUCAUAUGAAAAUCCAUAAUGGAGAGAAGCCAUUUAUGUGCAAGGAAUGUGGAAAAGCAUUUUCUCGUAAACCAUAUCUUACAAGUCAUAUGAGAAUCCAUACUGGAGAGAAGCCAUUCAUGUGUAAGGAAUGUGAGAAAGCAUUUUCUCAUAAAUCACAGCUUGCAUUUCAUAUGAGAAUCCAUAAUGGAGAGACUCCCUUCAUGUGCAACGAAUGUGGGAAACCAUUUCCUCAGAAAUCAAAUCUUACAACUCAUAUGAGAAUCCAUAAUGGAGAGAAGCCAUUCAUAUGCAACGAAUGUGGGAAAGCAUUUCCCCAGAAAUCAAAUCUUAAACGUCAUAUGAGGUUGCAUACUGGAGAGGAAAAAGAAACAUUGUUUGGAGACUCAGAAGAAAAAUUGGAAGAAUUAGUUAGGACAGUCCACCAAUUCUCAAAUGACACCUGCAUGGAAUUUGAGUUGGACAAGUGUGCCAAAAGUACAAUAAAGAGAGGGAAGAAAGUAACAUCAGAAGGCAUAAAGGUAGAGAAAGGCAUAUUUGUUGAAGACCAAGUGGAGAGUCUGCAUGUGUCAAAAUGCACAAGCAAAGUCACUCAUCAGAGAGGAUGUUCAGUUGCAUUAACAGAUUUGUUAAUGUUUUGCACCCCAAAUACUACCCUUCCAAAUGUUUGUGACUUGAUACUAUGCCAUGUGGAUUCUCAAGAUUCCCGAGUAUUUGGUAUAGUCUCCUCCUCCUCCUCCUCCACUUUUCAUGGCAGUUUUCCUGUUCGUAAUUGCCUCAUCGUCAAGACAGCCUCUCUUGUUGAAUGGUCCCAUCAGGACAAGAUGGAUAAGAACAGAAAAAGGAAAGCAGUUGCUAGGGCAGAAAUUAAAUCUAGUUUAGAUGAUGUUCAGGCUGCUGAAUUAGUAGAAAAUGAGCGCCGCUGGAAAGGUGUCUCUUAUGGUGUUCAUGAUCUGUCAGAGUCAGAUGACUCGACUCCCAACAAGAGUUGUCAUGAGCACUUUCAAGAUGUUUCACGCCCCCUAAAGAGACAGUCCAAGGAUAUGGAUAAGUCUCCUCCUCCUUCUAAGAGAACUAAAGAGAAUGUCUUCUGUCUGCAACCUUCAGGCAGUUACGCGAUGUCGCCUCCUACUUCGUCAGCUCCUCUCCCUCGUUCUGCCUGGGACAGCCCGGAGUCGUUCCCUUGCAUGGAUCAUCAGUAUGUGUCUGCUAAACGUAAGACAGAUUCUUCAGGGCAAAUUUUGUCCGCUUCAAAAUCCCGACCUGUCCUGGAUUUACCUCGGACUCUUGGACAUAGUGAUCCUGAAGUGGUACGGCUCUCUUGUUCAGCUGAACAUUUGGCACCAGUUGGUAUGCACCCGUCUUCCCCAACAGCUGAGUCAAGAGCGGUUUUGCCUCGCUCUUGGUGGUAUUCUUCAACUCCCGAUUCUUUGCUCACUCCACUUAAACAACAGUUGGAUGAUAUCAUGUCUCUUUUGCAGAAAGCUCCAACACAUUCCAAAAUUGAAGAUGUGGCAUUAUCGCCUAUCACUUCACAUGAGGAGGAAGAGGAACAGGAUGCAUCUCCUUCGUCUUCCUAUUCCACGUUGUUGAGGUAUUUUCUCAACAACUUUCCAGAUUUUUUCUAUCCUGCGGCUCCAGUAUCCCCAGCUUCGACUUUCCUCAUGAGGAAACCCACUUCAGACAGUUUGGCCUUACCCAAGUUAGUUCUCUCUUCAUCAAUGAAGAUGGUUUGGAGAGAUGUGGACUUCUGGUUAGCUUCGAAGAGAGAAAUGGAUUUGACAAUCGGGUCAUUAGCGAGGAAGAUAGAAGAUGGCCCAGUGAUUGCUGAAGACGUCACAGAAGACAUGUUGGGGGUCUUGUCAUGCGUGGGCAAGGCUAUUAGAGACAGAUCGGCAGAGUUAGCAUCUCUUUUCUUGUUUGUUAGCCCUCCUACUUCAUUACAAGUGAUUCCUAUUCCAGGCUCCCAUGAUUCCAAACCCAACACCAUUACCAGUCUUGAUGUGAAAUUUAAAAAGAAAUUUAAUUUUCUCGCUAAGGGGAUUAUGGAAUUAGGUGCCUCCUUUGGGUCUUUUGUGGAGAGCACACCUCUCAAAAGUGCAGUGCAAAGUGAAAGUGCUAUUUAUUCAGUAAUUAUUUGUAAACAAUUUUGUGUUAAGAGUUGUGAAUUGAACAUAUUGUCAUUACAGAUCAGGACAGGGCAUAAGGCUAAAAUGAAUCCAAAACAUUCUUUAGAAUUUCCUUUGAAAAGGGAAACUGAAGGUGCAUUAUCACUACCUUCCAUAAAUAAAGAAAACAGCAACUUGGCUGCCUUUAGUGGAACCAGUGAUGAAGACUAUUUGUCUCUGGAUCCAUUGAUGGACAUCAAAAUAGAACCAGAGGAAUUCUGUGAGUCUAAUGAAGAUGAUGAAUAUUCAUAUGAAAUUAAUUCAACAGUGAAUGAUAAACAUCCGCAAACUUGCAAAAAGGAAGUAAAACAAGAAAGAAGGAAUAGUCACAAUGGAGAGAAGCCUUUCAGAUCAACUGACUGUGAGAAAGCAUUUUACAAGAAAACAAAUCUUACAAGUGAUAUGACAAAUCCUACCAGAGAGAAAUUUAUAUGUAAUGACUGUGGGAAAGCAUUUUCAUCGAAACAUAAUCUUAUAGUUCAUAUGAGAAUCCAUACCGGAGAGAAGCCAUUCAUUUGCAAGGAAUGUGGGAAAGGAUUUGCCCACAAACCACAUCUUACAAGUCAUAUGAGAUUGCAUAAUGGAGAGAAGCCAUUCAUGUGCAAGGAAUGUGGGAAAGCAUUUUCCCACAAACCAUAUCUUACAAGUCAUAUGAGAAUCCAUACCGGAGAGAAGCCAUUCACGUGCAAGGAAUGUGGGAAAGCAUUUUACCACAAACCAUCUCUUACGAGUCAUAUGAAAAUCCAUACCGCAGAUAAGCCAUUCAUGUGCAAGAGAUGUGGGAAAACAUUUUCCCACAAAGCAUCUCUUACAGUUCAUAUGAGAAGCCAUACCGGAGAGAAGCCAUUCAUGUGCAAGAGAUGUGGGAAAACAUUUUCCCAGAUAUCAGCUCUUAAAGCUCAUAUGAAAAUCCAUACUGAAGAGAAGCCAUUUAUGUGCAAGGAAUGUGGGAAAGCAUUUUCCCAGAAACCACACCUUACAAGUCAUAGGAGAAUCCAUACAGGAGAGAAGCCAUUUAUGUGCAAGGAAUGUGGGAAAGCAUUUUCCCAGAAACCACAUCUUACAAGUCAUAUGAGAAUCCAUACAGGAGAGAAGCCAUUUAUGUGUAAGGAAUGUGGGAAAGCAUUUCCGAGGAAAGAUAUUCUUACAAGUCAUAUGAGAAUCCAUACCAGAGAGAAGCCAUUUAUGUGUAAGGAAUGUGGGAAAGCAUUUUCCCAGAAAUCAAGUCUUAAAAUUCAUUUGAGAUUGCAUACAGGAGAGAAGUCAUUUAUGUGUAAUGAAUGUGGGAAAGCAUUUCCGAGGAAAGAUAUUCUUACAAGUCACAUGAGAAUCCAUACCGGAGAGAAGCCAUUCAUGUGCAAGGAAUGUGGGCAAGCAUUUUCCCACAAACUAAGUCUUACACGUCAUAUGAGGUUGCAUGCUGGAGAGGAAGAAGAAACAGCAUGAUAAAAUAAACCAUUUAAGGGCAGAGAUCUCUCAAAUGACCAACUAUAUGACAGAUCAAAAUCACUCACAAAAUCUGCUCAAGAAAAAAAGGAAAAUAAAGAAAAAAUACAGAAUAGGGGAUGAACAAACGAGUGGAAAACUGGCAGAACGCCAAGCCAAUAUAAAGGCCCUAGCUUCACAAGUAGGAAACAAACAACAGAAGAUAAAAGUAGAACAGAUAAAUAGGCAGUUUGGUGAAAAUCCAAUGAUUGUAUAGGAAGAUGAUGAAAGAAACAGUGGAGGUAUGAACACAACUGAGCAAGGAAGACCUAGAGAGAUUUUGGAAGCCACUGUUUGAAGACCCUAGACAACACCAAGAGAAUUCAUGGAUUGACCCUAUUAGUCAGAACAGCUAGAAAUAGCAAAUAAGGUUCACCAUUGAAAAGUAACAAAGAAAAUAAAAGAAUAUACUAAUUUCAAGAUAACAGCAGAUCGCAGCACUACACCACAUUUAUGUGCAAGCCUUUUCAAGAAUAGUAAGAGGAGAAGAAGAAUCACCAGAGUGGCUCACAACAAGAAAUACCAACCUUCUCCCUAAAAGCUCCGAGACUGAGCUCCCCAAUACAUAUAGGCCCAUCUGCUGCCUUCCAACAACCUACAAAUGGCUCACAGGAGUCAUAGCAGACAAUAUCUGUGAACACCUAGAUCAGGGCAAAUAUAUGGAUAUAGAACAAAAGGGAUGCACAAGAAACAAAUUAGGCACUAAAGAUCAACUGCUAAUUAACAAAACAAUAUUAGAAGAUUGUAAGAAAAGACAAAGGAAUCUUGAUAUGGCUUUAAUAGAUUAUAAGAAGGCAUUUGACACCGUGCCAUGCACCUGGAAAUUCCAAUGUAUAGAAUUAGGCAACAUCAAUGAGGAAAUAAGAUCUUUCUUGGCAGCACAGAUGAGUAAGUGGAAGACCACUCUCUGUCUAAAACACUCUGAGGGCCAGAUAGUAAUUCCAGACAUAAAAAUCUAAAGAGGAAUAUUUCAGGGUGACAGCUUGACUUCUAUUCUGCUUGACCAUAGAUCCGCUUAGGAAAAUCAUGAACAACAUUAACACUGGCUAUGACUUAAGCAAAAGCAGAAGCACAAAAGAGAAUAAAAGAGUGAAUCACCCACCUGCUCUUCAUGAAUGACCUGAAGUUGUUUGCAGACUCAGAAGAAAAAUUGGAAGAACAAGUUAGGACAGUCCACCAAUUCUCAAAUGACACCUGCAUGGAAUUUGGUUUGGACAAGUGUGCCAAGAGUACAAUAAAGAAAAGGAAGAGAGUAACAUCAGAAGGCAUAAAGGUAGAGGAAGGCCUGUUAGUUGAAGACCUGGCAUAGGAGUCUGCAUAUAAGUACUUGGGAAUAGAAGAAAACACUUGUAUAGAACACAAGAAAGUGAGGGAAAAGAUAAAGAAAGAAUAAAUCAGCCACUUAAAGAAUUAACACCAAAGAACAGGAUCACUGCCAUAAACCAUUGGUGACAUAUGGUUUGGCAUUGUAGACUGGCCAUAAGGUGAGUUAGAUAGGAUGGAUAUUAAAACCAGGAAGAUUCUCACCCUACAUAAAGUCACA